AUGGCAGAUGACUUCAAUAACAAUACAAUAGCCUUUCUUGACGACAGCACGCAUGUCGUGCCUCCUCACGCAUGUAAACUUCUGUCCGCUCUACCCGAUGCAUCACUCAAUGCUCUAGCAAGUGCUGCUACCUCCGAAUUGACUGGUGCCACCACCACUGAGCACCAUGACAACGAAGCGUUUGCAGCCAUGUGUGUUCUCAUAACAUCGGUUGCCAAAAAUGGAUGCGAGCGGACACCCGCGGAGCAACGACAGCAGCUUUUUGCUCUUGGAAUAGAGGACAAUAAUCUACAAACGAAGCUCAUGUCAGUCUUAGCGACAGUGGUGCCAAGUGUAGAACAGGUGCUGGAACAUACUUACUUUGACUUUGCGCAUAUAGUGGAUGUAAAUUGGAGACUUGACUAUGUCUUGCGCUCAAGUAGUGCAGGGAGUAUUCAUGAACCGCUAUAUUUUGUGCAGCUGCGACUCCAGCCACCAUGUACUAGUGACUUGAGGUUAAGGACUAUGGUCUUUUCAUGCACAGUAGAAGAGCUGCGGUCGCUUGUGUAUCGAAUUCAGGAGGCCACAAACGAGGUGGAAAAGCUUGCGGCUGGAACGACCUCACGGUUUCAAUAA